CGCGCUCUGUGCCCCGCCCCCUUCCGGCGGGGGGCGGAGCCGACGCGGCCCGAGCGCGGCCCCCCCCAAGAUGGAGGGCUGGCGAGGAGCCUGGUAUGUGCCAUGUCUAGCUUCACUUGAGACCCUCCAAGAAUUAUGUAGGAAGGAAAAUCUCAGAUGUAAAUCCAUUGGAAUCACCAACAGGAGUCUAAAGAGUUAUGAGGUGGAAUAUUUGUGUGACUACAAGGUAGAAGAGGGCAAAGAAUACUAUCUUGUGAAAUGGAAAGGAUGGCCAGAAUCUUCAAAUACUUGGGAACCUGAGAAGCAUCUGAACUGCCCAUUGCUUCUUCAGAACUUUCUUAGUGACAAGAAUGAAUACUUGUCUCGGGUGAGAGAAGGCAAAGCACUGAAAGUGAGAAACCACAUUAAAGCUUUGAAACCUGCCAUUGCAGAUUAUGUUGUAAAGAAGGCCAAGCAAAGAAUAGCCCUGCAGAGAUGGAAAGAAGAACUCAACAGGAAAAAGAAUCACAAAGCAAUGAUCCUGGUAGAAAACACUGUGGAUCUUGAAGGGCCUCCCUUAGACUUCUACUACAUUAAUGAGUAUAAACCUGCUCCGGGGAUAAAUGUGCUCAAUGGAAUAACGACUGGCUGUGAAUGUGCUGACUGCCCUGCUGAGAAAUGCUGUCCAAAGGAGGCUGGGUUUAUUUUGGCUUACAAUAAACGUAAGAAGUUAAAAAUCCAGCCUGGCUUGCCCAUCUAUGAGUGCAAUUCCUAUUGUAGGUGUGGGCCUGACUGCCCUAAUAGGAUAGUGCAGAAAGGUACACCGUAUUCCCUUUGCAUCUUCAGAACCAACAAUGGCCGUGGCUGGGGAGUAAAAACCCUCCAGAAAAUUAAAACCAACAGUUUUGUGAUGGAGUAUGUUGGAGAGGUGAUUACAAGUGAGGAAGCAGAGAGGCGAGGCCAGCUCUAUGACAACCAGGGAAAUACAUACUUGUUUGAUUUGGAUUAUGACUCAGAUGAAUUUACAGUAGAUGCAGCUCGAUAUGGAAAUGUGUCCCACUUUGUGAAUCACAGCUGUGAUCCAAAUCUUCAAGUCUUCAAUGUGUUUAUUGACAACCUCGACUUGCGUCUUCCUCGAAUAGCACUGUUUUCUACCCGAACCAUCAAGGCUGGAGAAGAGCUGACCUUUGACUACCAGAUGAAAGGUUCAAUAGAUCUGACUUCAGACUCUGCUGAUGGUCUUAGCCCAUCCAAAAAGAGGAUCAGAACUGUCUGUAAAUGUGGAGCCGUGUGUUGCAGAGGUUAUCUCAACUGAGUUCGGGUAUCCAAAGUCACAAAUACUUUGUUGUCUUUUAAAUGUGUUUUAAGAAGACUCUUCUUUCAUGCAUAUAUUCAAGUAUUCUUACAUCUAAUGUAAAUAAGGAUUGUGAAAACAAGGCAUUGUGUUUGUAAUUGAAAUGGCAUUAGCCAAAGAAAGAGAUUGUAGUGUUUCAGACAAGUACAAAACUGAUAACAGGGAUUAAAAAUAGAUUUUUCUAGAACUGUUGUGUAGGAAGCAGUAAAAUGUAUACCAAGAAAACUCUAAAAUGUACCUUGAUUUGAAUAUUAACAGAAUCCUAGAAUAUGUUGAGUUGGAAGGGACUCAUCAGGAUCAUCAAGUCCAACUUCUGGCUCUGUGCAGGACACCCCAAGAGUCACACCAUGCACCUGAAAGCGUUGUCUUGAGCUCUGUCAGGUUUGGUGUUGUGACCACUUCCAUGGGAAGCCUGUUCCAGUGCCCAAGCACCCUCUCAGUGAAAAACUUUCCUCAUAUCCAACCAAAACCUCCCCUGACUCAGCCUCAUGCCAUUUCCUUGAGUCCUGUCACUGGUCUCAAGAGUGAAGAGAUCAGUGCCUGCCCCUCUUCCCCUCCCAGGGAAGUUGUGACUGCAAUGAGGUCUCCCCUCAGUCUUCUCUUCUCCAGGCUGAACGACCAAGUGCCCUCAGCUGCUCCUCAUACGGCUUCCUCUCCAGGCCCUUCACCAUCUUUGUUGCCCUCCUUUGGACACUCUCUAAUGGCUUAAUAUCUUUCUUACAUUGCGGUGCCCGAAACUGCACACAAAAUUCAAGGUGAGGGUGCCCCAGAGCAGAGCGGGACAAUCCCCUCCCUCACCCGGCUGGCGAUGCUGUGCCUGAUGCCCCCCAAGACAUGGUUGGCCCUUCUGGCUGCCAGGGCACUGCUGACUCAUAUUCAACUUGCCUCUGACAUUCAAAUGUGAGCUCACAGCCAUAGCCCUUCAGGAGCUGAUUGCAGGGGGAUGAAGUGAUAUUACAUGUUUUCUAUACCUUGAGAAGUCAGGAGGCAUUCAAUUUGAAUCCUAAAUCAUAGCUGACAGUUCUUUUGCUUUUUUGUUGUAUAAAGAAAAGCUUCAAGAACUCAGCAAUAACCUUUAUGGCACCAGAGAGAGGGAUUAAAGACAGCCAGUGUGCAAAUGAAUGUUCAUAGGAAUGCGAAUUGUAAAAUGUCCAUGGAACUCCAUGCGAGUGAAGUAAUUGGUGUUAGCAGAUCCCAGAUGUAAAGCUUGGAACCUUUUUAGAUGAUGUUCUGUUAUCUAGAAGUUUUUUCAGUUAUGUUCUGAUUUUUAGUUAGGAUGCUAUAGGAGGAGUGCGUUUCUACAGGGGAUUUGUAAAUACGGGAUUGUUGGUAGUAACAUUUGCUGUUUGUUUUCAUUGCAGAAAUUUGGCAGUCAUGGCUGAAACAAAUUGCUGACUACAGUUUGAAAAUAGAUAGCAAAAGAUAGGGAGAGCAGCCCGUUGUCUAACAAGGUUGAUGCAUUGUGGAGAUAUGCUCAAGUUAUCUGUUAGGUGCAAAAGUACCCUGGAAAUUGAUGUAUAUUCACAACUGGUUUCCAUUAAGUUUUUACAUACUGUGACUUUUUUAUCUAGUGACAGACUUCUAAGAUAUAGGCCUGUAUUUUCUGGUUGCAAAAAUGUUAACUUCAGUGAAGUUAGACUAGGGGUGAGUAUACCCAUUUCCAGUAGACAUUUGUAAGAUGUUCUUGAAUGUAAAGGCUGAGAAACCUGCUGUUCUUCAGCUGCUUGAGUCCUUUUUUUUUUUUCCUGAUCAUUUUAAAGUUGUCUCGAUCUGUUCGUAACAUAUGCUAAGUUUUGCUUGGCUUCAGAACAACAGUUGAAGGGGGUUAGGAGUGGAGUUACAGCCAAGGUCCGUGCUCCAGGGAUGAUCCAAGUGCUUUAUUCUCAUGGAUAAAAAUCUCGUAAAACUUGCAUAUUGCUUACAAGUCAUGUAAAAUUUGACAGGGUCAGGCAGAACAAUGUUGCUCCAUAAAUGGAUGCUCCAUAACUGGAUGCUAGCUAUGUAUCAUAGGUCAGCUAAUUACCUUUAUAAGGUGCCCAGCAUGUAAUUGUUUACUUAAUGUUAGCAAAUGCCUUAAAUUCCAUGUUAAUUACUAGCACUUCAAAGGAUAAUACAGGUUGCUCAUUAACAAGCACAGUUGCAUUUGCAGUGAAGAUCUGGCCCUUUGGUAGAAAAUGACAUUUUAUAUGCUACUAGCCCAAAUCAGUAUCACAGAUGGGGUGAAGAGCUUGGGCCACUGGAAAUGCUGUGUGAGUUUUGUAAUCUCCAAUACAGAGAUACACGUUGAAAUAGAGACUACAUAUUGCUUAAUGAAUAGGAGAAAGUGUGCUUAGAUUUGAAAGUAUUUGAUGUGACCAAGCUCACCUGUAUUCACGCACUUGGAUAAAUGCUGAAUCUAGUCAUGAAUAUUUUUUUAUUUAAAGUGGAAUGUGGAGCUUUCAUGUUAGCAAACUCCAGAUGAUCUUGCAUCGUUUGGAGUCAUUAGUGCUUACUCUUGCAUGUAGCCCGAGCCAGCGGUGCAUUCCAUGUGGAUGGAAUCUGCAGUCUCCAGCUCCUUAAUCCGCUGCAGUCGGCAGCCCGCCCUGUCACUGCAGGAUGGAGAGAGCGGCUGCGGCAAGAAAUGGAUUCCUUACUGUGGCCUCGCCCACGCCCGGGGCACAGGGCGGGCUCCUGUUUCUGUCUGUUGAUGUUCAUGCCCAGUUUGAUUUAAAUAUUGCAAGUUUAAAAGAUAACAGUUGUGGCAGUUGUACCUGAGCUCAGCAUCUGCCUUGUCCCGAGGCAGUGAAUGUUAUCACCAGUGCUGGAAUAAAGCUGCUGUUCUCGAAGGAUAUGUGUGUUAUCUUCUGCCAUAAAUAAAGAUCCGUUAAUUUAUGUUCUGGGAGGCAACAGCAUUUUGUAUUUAUUUGAAGUAAAUCCAUGUAUCCAGUUUCCAGUUUAGAGCGUUGAACAGUAUUUUAUAUUUACAUAUGCACAGUGCAUUUGGAUUGCCGUAAGUGAAUUAGCUUAAAGGGACACUGUGUCACUUUUAAAACUCUUUUUGCUAUUUCUAUGAGUUUGGCUGAAAAUUGCCAAAUGGGAAAAGGAGAAAAAGCUAUUUUCAAUUUCUUAGGGAACCUAAACCAGCCCAGCUUCUGCCUUUGCUUUGCUUUGUUGGCAUUGUCAUGGUCACCAGUUCAGUUGUGUGUAUGCACUUCUUGGGGACUGGUGGCUUGUUCUCCAGCUGUUCUUUUUUGUUGGGAUUAUUUUUAUUUUUUGGUAGCAAAACUAAAGCUGCAAGAUCACCUGUAAGAAAAGCUAUUGUCUAUUUAUUUAAUCUCCAAAUUAAGUCAAUCUUUUGGUUAUUUCUAAUGUAUGUUUUAGGAACUGUGUACAUUAGAAUAUGCAGUUUGUAAGCUCAGGAACAUUUUCUUUUCAUACUGUGUGAUCUCUAGUAUUGCUAUCUUCCUAUAGUUUUUGAUAAAAUAAAUGAAAUCUAGUUUUU